AUGUCAAAAGCUGAAUCAAAAGAAAUCCACCACAUAGAACCAACUCUUCUUGAUGAGUAUUUGGCCACUUUCCUGUUGUCCCUUAAAAAGUCAAAUGGCACAGAUUUUGAACCAAGCUCCCUCCGUGGCAUCAUUGCUAGUGUUGACAGGUACCUGAAACGACAUCGCUAUGGAUGUUCAGUCAUGACAGGGACUGGAGCCCAAUUUGCACUCACAAGGGACACCUACAAUGCAAAGAAAAAAAGUCUUAAGAAACAGGGUAUGGGAAACCGUCCUAGGGAGGCCCAUCCGCUGAGUGAUACCGACAUCGAUCUGCUCUGGGAGAAGGGGAUCCUUGGCACGGAGUCUCCGAAAGCCUUGUUAAAUACAGUCUGGUUGAACAACUGCCUUCAUUUUGGCUUGCGAGGUACAACGGAGCAAUACAAUUUGCGGUGGGGAGACGUCCGCCUCCGUGUAGACUUGAAUGGUGUCGAGUAUCUCGAGUUAAACGAGCGGCAAACGAAAACGCGCACAGGAGAGAACAUCGCUGACAUAAGAAAAGUGUCUCCCAAGAUGUUCGGCACUUCUGGACCAAGAAAUCCCGUGUUAAUUUACAAGCUGUACUCGAAUAUGCGUCCAUCUGAUUUUUCUUCAGAUCAGCACCCUUUCUACCUGGCAACACGCACAAUUGACACUGCAUCCCAGUGGUUCUUGCGUCAACAAUUGGGUGUCAACAAGCUGGGUCAGAUGCUGAAGGCCAUGGCAAAAGACGCCGGCUUUCCCGAGCACAAGAGAAUAACCAACCACUCAGUUCGCAAAUUCCUGGUCCAAAAACUUCGAAAUGCAAACAUUCCACCCACUGAAAUCAUGGCCAUAACAGGGCACAAAAAUGUCCAGUCCAUAACCAAUUAUUCCACCAUAUCUGUUGAACAGCAGCAAAAGUGUUCCAACAUUCUUGCUCAGUCCAGUAAAUGUAACAAACAAACAGCUUCCUCUUGUUCACCUUCAUGCACUGAAACUAUGGUCGAAAUGCAGCCUACACAACCACUGUCUACCGUUGAACAAGUUGAUCUUGAUUUUCGUCCCACCCAGUCACUUCACCAGCAAAUGUCUUUCUCUCGUUCGAACAAUUUUGCCUCGCAAUUCUUUGGUGCCACUUUCCACAUUCAAAAUUUUAAUGUGAAUAAUUAGAUUAAAUCCAAGUUGUUAUUGUUAUUUCGUCACGAAAUAACCACAUAUUACAACAAAGAAGCAAAUGUUUUGCACCUCGUGUUCUAGUUGAUAGUUUGAACAUCGAAAGUGAAUUGUGUGUGGUGUUAGGCUACGUUGUAUACAAAUGUAGUUCCUUGUAUUGAACAACUAAAUGUUAUAUUAAUGUUAUAAAACUUUUAGAUUUGCAAUUCAAUAUGAAUAAAAUUGUUAUUAGUAACGCACGAUUCUUUGUCACAGAACGAUAUUCUGAUUAUUUUAAAUGACAAUUUGAUCAGCGGUUAUUUUUGGAACGCGGAGUAAUACACUGAUCUUGGUUACACUACAGUCAUUAUCAAAGUACGACAAACACUCAUGAAAACUAAUUUUGUUAAAAUAAAAAGGUUUACUGAAUAAAAAAGUGGGAUAAAUAGAAUAAUAGGUUAGUGUUGAUUAUAGAUCAGGUUUAUCAUGCUCGGCACGAAAACGAAAAAGCACUCGCCAAGGCUCGUGCUUUUUGUUUUCUAAGCCUCGC